UUAUAACUUGAUAAAAUAUUUAUGUGAUAAUAUUAUUUAUCUGAAAUAUCAUUCCCACAUCGGAUUAUACACUUAUAAAUUAUAUUUCGAUCAAGAAACGUAAGCUAAUGCUAAAAGAGAUAUAAGUUUUUAUCCAUGUUAUCCAUUUAAAUACUAAAGGAAAUAUUGUUAAAGUUUGAUAUACUGUUUGUUGUAAACACGUGAGUGUUGAUGUGUGCAGUUGAUUGUUAAUGUUUAUUUUGUUUAUGGAUGAGUUUGACACACUUAAUAUACGAGUAAUGAUUAAAUAAAACUGUGUGAUUGAGUUAUAUUUAAUAACAAAUACUGCAUAUGAAUAGAAAUUAAAAUACAGAUUAGAUGUGAAAGUUAAAAAAAUGGAAGGAAAUAAUGAAGAUAUUGGUAAAGUGUCAUUCGAAAUAGCCCUAGAUAAAGCUGAUUUUGGGCUAUACAGCUAUAUCAACACGAUAUGUUCCGGCGUGGCCAUAAUCUCGAUGGCUUGUUUGGUAUAUGGCACCACCAUCAUAGUACCAGCUAGUGCUUGUGAGCUGCAGACUACCCGAGCGCAGCAGGGGUUGCUAGUAGCAGCACCGGUUGUAGGGUUGAUCAUUGGCGCCACCUUAUGGGGCUACCUGGGUGACACCCGCGGCCGGCGCAAAAUGCUGCUCGUAUCUCUUCUAUCCUCGGCCGUUCUCAAUGCAUUGAGCAGCAUAUCCGUCAACUGGGUCAUGCUGAUGUUACUUCAGUUCUUCACUGCACUGCUGGCAGCAGCGAAGUACACGUUGUCGAUGACCCUGCUAAGCGAGUGUGUGCCGAUGGCGAAACGCAAUCUUGUGGUGCUCAUGGUGUCCAGUAUCUUCUUGCUAUCGCAGGGUAUAAUGGCAGUGCUAGCGAUUCCAGUGAUCCCACUCACAUUUUCCCACUACCUCCCGGCCCUGGACAUCUACUGGAACUCCUGGCGCUCCAUGGUAGUGGUCUACUCCAUCCCGAGCCUGCUCUGUGCCUGCGUCCUUUACUUUCUACAGGAGAGCCCCAAGUUUGUCCUUGUCAGAGGAGACGAACGCCAAGCUUUGGAGAUCUUGAAAACGAUUCAGAGGGUGAAUCUGGGAAAGAAGGCAGUAUUUGAUGUUCCAGGUUUACUUCCUGAAUCAUCAGUCCUGACGUCAAAACUAUCGGCUAAGGACCAGAUAGUGCCGCUGUUCAAAACGCCUUUGGUUAAACACACAAUAAUCCUAGCUCUGCUCUUCAUGUUCCAACUGUCUGGUUCUUUCCUCGCUUGGUUGCCUACGAUAGCCAACCGGGUCAUAUGGAUGUACGAAGCUGGAGAAGUGGAGGACCUGACGCUCUGCGGCAUCCUGCGGGCUGACUUCAACAUGCCUGGUGAUCCUAAUGCCACGCCUUGCGCCUUGAACGUCACGUCUCUCCUGAUUGUGCUUCUAGUUGGUGCUGUGCAGUCCGUUUUGAAUCUGUUCCUUACCAUUGUGGUAGUGAAUCGUGCCGGCCGCAGAAACACCGGGAUGAUCCUCGCCGCUGUGGCCGGAUUGGGUGGCAUCCUGGUUAACCUAAUCUUCAAUACUAUUGGGACUUCUGUCCUAUUUGGAUUGUUUCUCAUGGGCAUAAUAGCUCAGGGGCUGUACACCGCCAUCGCUGUCACAAUCUUUCCUACGCAUUUGAGGGCGAUGGCAGUAGCACUCACGAUGACCGCUGGCCGCAUCACCAGCUUCGCUGGCAUCCAAAUCGCCAAUUACCUCUUGGGGACCAAUUGCGAGCUGGGAUUCUAUUUGUUCGGUGCCAUCUUCGCUUCAUCAGCGAUCGUGGCGUCGUUUCUGCCUGAUGAUCGAUUUUUGAGGAAUCCUCAGCGCCCUAAAGAACAAGAUUAACGCACUCUGUCAACCAACAAACAUCGAUCUUAUUUUGUAACUGUAUACUUAAUAUUCUAUAAAUACGUAUAAAUAUUUUGUAUUUCUAUAAUAAAGCAAGGAAAGCAGUAAGAAGAAGGUAUUUAAUAAUA